GAGAGAGGAGGAAAUUUGGGUGCAGAAGCUGGGAGAUUCUUGUGUACCACAAAUGGUUCUGAAACAAGCACUUUUGUUGUCAGUUUUGGUUUUGAGUUGGGUAGGGUUGCAAAGGACUGAUGCUGCCAGCCUGCCUCAAGAUGAGGUGAACGCUCUGAAUCAAAUUGCUAAAACUAUGGGAGCUCAUCGGAAUUUUGAUUCCAAUGCAUGUGGAAAGCGUGUUAAACCAGCUGUAGAAAUGGCUCCUGAAACGAACAUCACAUGCAGCUGCCAGAGCGAGACCUGCCACAUCACAGACAUCAUAUUCAAGCGUUGCAAUCUUCCAGGAGUACUCCCACGUGAACUUGUCCAGCUUCCUUUCCUCAAAAAGAUAGAUUUUGCCUACAACUUCCUUAGUGGUUCAAUACCACUUGAAUGGGCUUCAAUGCAGUUAGAGUUCAUUUCUGUCUUUGGAAACCAAUUAUCAGGGAAUAUUCCAAGCUAUUUGGGGAACAUCAGCAGCCUUAGAUACUUGGACCUUGAAGUCAACCAGUUUGUUGGAGAAGUACCUCAAGAGUUUGGGAACUUAGUUAACCUUGAAAUUCUGAGACUCUCCCACAAUAGGCUCUGUGGAAAUUUGCCAAGGGAACUUGGUGACCUGAAAAAUUUAACAAGCUUUAGGAUAAAUGACAACCACUUCAAAGGGAGUAUACCAGAUUUCAUUCAAAACUGGAAGCAACUUACCAGACUGGAAAUGCAAGCUAGUGGACUUGAAGGGCCUAUUCCAUCAUCCAUCUCCGUUUUGAAAAACCUGGUGGAUCUGAAGAUCAGUGACAUAAAUGGAACAAAUCAGGCCUUCCCGGAUCUAAGUAACAUGACAAGCCUUAGACGAAUAAUUCUGAAGCAGUGCAACAUUUAUGGAGAGAUACCUGACUAUAUCUGGCAAAUGAGUGACUUGCGUAUCCUGGAUCUUAGUUUUAACAGUUUAAAUGGUGAACUUCCCAAUGUCAUAGCUGCUCCAAAUAUAAAAUACAUCUUUCUUACAAACAACUCUCUUGGUGGGAAUGUACCAAAGUCAGUCUUGAAGAGAGGAACUGCAGUGGAUCUUUCCUACAAUAAUUUCACUUGGCAAGGUCCUGAACAACCUGCUUGUGGGUGGAAUGCAAAUGUAAAUUUGUUUCGAAGUUCUUCAAAACAAAACCUGAGUAGAGUUCUUCCGUGUGUGAAUGACUUCAAGUGCCACAAAUAUGGGCACUCUCUGUAUGUCAAUUGUGGUGGAGAUGAUGUGAAAAUAAGUGGCAUAACAUAUGUAGGAGACGGAAGAUCUAAUUCUGCUGCCGCAUCAUUAUACCAAGGUUCUGAUAACUGGGGAUUUAGUAGCAGUGGAGACUUCAGGGAUGACAAUGAUGAACAAAAUCCACCAUCCCGGUUUCUUGCAAGGCUGCAACCAUCAAACAUUCCUGAAUUGUAUGCUACAGCACGUCUUUCUCCUCUUUCUCUUACUUAUUAUCGAUACUGUCUGGAAAAUGGGAGCUAUACUGUAAGUUUAUAUUUUGCGGAGAUUCAGUUCAGUAAAGAUGCAACAUUUGGAAGUCUUGGAAGACGUUUAUUUGAUAUUUAUAUUCAGGAUGAACUAAGGGAACCAAAUUUCGAUAUAGAAGCUAACGCUGGUGGAGUUCUUACUCCAUUCACAAAAAAAUUCAAUGCUAGUGUAACAGAUGGUAAAUUAGAGAUCCGCUUCUACUGGGCUGGCAAAGGAACUCAAGCAAUCCCUUCUCGAGGUGUCUAUGGCCCACUGAUAUCAGCCAUUUCUGUGGAGCCUAAUUUCAGACCUCGUUAUGCAGAGAAGAAAACAAAAAGGAUUGUACCAGUUGCUGUUGGUGUUGUAGGAUCAUAUCUUGUAUUACUAGCAUUAGGUGUCCUUUGGUGGAGAUACUAUUUCAGAUCCAAGAAAAGGAGACAAGAUCGUAAGGAACUCAAUAUCCAAACAAGUUUGUUUACCUUAAAGCAGAUUAAGGCUGCCACCAACAAUUUUGAUCCUGUAAACAAGCUAGGAGAAGGUGGAUUUGGACCUGUUUACAAGGGAGAGUUAUCUGAUGGUACGGUAAUUGCUGUCAAGCAGCUUUCCUCAAAAUCAAGUCAGGGAAAUCGGGAAUUCUUAAAUGAAGUCGGCAUGAUUUCAUGUCUGCAACAUCCCAAUCUUGUAACGUUUUAUGGAUGCUGCAUUGAAGGGGAUCAACUGUUACUAGUGUACGAGUACAUGGAAAAUAAUAGCCUCUCUCGUGCUUUGUUUGGUCGUCUAAUGAAUCUAGACUGGCCAACCAGGCACAGGAUAUGUGUAGGGGUAGCUAGAGGUUUAGCAUUUCUCCAUGAAGAGUCUACAUACAAAGUUGUUCACAGGGACAUUAAAGGUACCAAUAUUCUUCUAGACAGAGACCUGAACCCUAAAAUAUCUGACUUUGGGAUGGCUAAGCUUCAUGGGGAGGAUAAGACCCACAUCAGCACUCGAAUUGCUGGAACAAUAGGAUUUAUAGCUCCGGAAUAUGCAUUGUGGGGUUACUUGACGUAUAAAGCAGAUGUAUAUAGUUUUGGAAUUGUAGCAUUAGAAAUUGUCAGCGGGAGGAACAAUAUGACAUUGGGGCCUGAGGAAAAGUAUGCUUGCCUUUUGGAUUGGGCUUGCCAAUUACUUAAAAAUGGAAACCUACUGGAGCUGGUGGAUGCCAAGCUAGGGACAGAACUUAACACGGCAGAAGCAGUAGGGAUGAUCAAAGUAGCGCUGUUAUGCACAAAUGUUUCGCCUGCAUUAAGACCAAAAAUGUCUGAAGUUGUAGGAAUGCUGGAAGGAAAAAGUGACAUCCCUGAUCCAGCCCUGGAUGCAAGUUGUUACAGUGAUGAUCUGAGGUUUAAACUGAUACGAGACCACCAUUUAUCUAUGUCCAGGAGCCAGAGUAUUGGAGGAAGUUCUGCGCCGCAACGUUCAACAUCCCAAGGGUCUAGGAAUCAGUCUUCCUCUGCAUCUGUUUAAUUAACAUCCCAAUGUCUCCGGACAUUAGAGACUUGUAACAUACUAGCGUUAUCAAAUCCACUCUCUAAGUUGGUAGACUGUAUCUUUCUUUUAAGAGAGGGAAAAAGAUUAUUAUCAAAAGUAAAUAAUAAAAUAAAAUAUAAAAAAUGUA